AUGUCUUUGGCAUCUUCGACUACCGCCGGUUAUGUUCUAGUGGUUUUUGUGUGUUUGUGGUCAUUUGUUUACCAAUUCACUGUUGGAGCCAACGCCUAUGCUAUUACGGUGGAAAUCCCAUCCUCAAGAUUGGUGCCAAAAACUGUGGCGGUGGCUAGCAACGUGAACAAUUUGGUGGGAUUUUGA